UAAUUUACUUUGUAUUUUUGUCUCUUCAGUUAAAAACUGUAAACAUUUUAAAAUCUGAAUAUUUGAGGAUCAGGUGUAGACGGUGCAGGUGUGAUGGCGUCUCACCGGGUCAGGCGGCGGGUCAACAGGACGUGCAGUGAUGGGUCACCGGGUCGUGCCGGCGGCGGACAGGCAGAUCAGAGCGUGCAGUGGCGGCGGGCCCGAGUCACGGUUCAGUACAACCGCAGAGAGCUGCAGAGGAGGCUGGAGGUGGAGCGCUGGAUCGACCGAGGACUGGACCUGCUGUACCGGGGCCGGGUCAGUACUGCAGUACUACUGCAAAACAUUAAGACUAGCCGAGACAAGACGAUAGAUCAGAUCAGACAAGACAAGACCAGACCAGACCAGACCAGA